UAGGAGGGAGAAGGAAAACAGUGAAUUUUAUGAACUGGCCAAAUUACUGCCUUUGCCCUCGGCUAUCACCUCACAGCUGGACAAAGCAUCCAUAAUCAGACUCACGACCAGCUAUCUCAAAAUGAGAGUAGUGUUCCCAGAAGGUAAGUGACUUUGCCCAGAUGAAAUUUCAAAGGCAGAAGGAGUAGAGAUUUGCCAGUGAGUGAGCCUACACCACUGAACAGAGAAGUGCGGUCACACAUGCAUACAUACUCUCUGCAAAGGGAAGUUUAGCAUGGCUGCUUGACUGUGGACCUCUCUGAACUUAGAAUUCCUGUUGCCUUUUUGUGGCUCUUUCUACUUCCCCAUUAAUACUUUCUCUCUAGUCCAUCGGAUAUGUUUGGUUGGGAAGCAGCCCAACAGUGCUUUUGUCAACACUUCAGAUACUGAGCUCGAUUGAAAGUACAACUAAUCCAAACAUGACUUUCUUUUUUUAUUCCUCUUGUUAGAAUUGUAUCUAGCAGAAAGCCGGAACAUUGCCAAAUUCUUCUAUUUUUGCUACAUAUAGAUAGACCCACGUACAUGGAGCUAAGCCAGACAAUAAUUUCUCUAUAUGUUUACAAUUAUGCAUUUGAGCACCAGGCAUAUUUGCGAACAACUAUGUCCUGAAUUUACCCAGUCUCUUGAUUGUUUAUAGCAAAUUUAGUCUGGGUUUUGAGAUAUUCGCAGAUUCUGAAACUAACUCUGGGGCUUGGUGAUUUCCAACUCUGGGCUUGAUAUUAUCUCUGAGAUAAUAGGCUAGGACCCAAACACAUAAGGUUGAAUUAAGAAGACUAGCCCGCUUAGAAAAUAUCUUCUAGGUGGAAGCUUGGCAAAACUGAUCCUGGGAAAACUGUAUUAUAAGGCCCAGAAGGAAGAACAGCUGAGCUGGUCAUGAUUUAAAACAUGUAUUUAGAUUAUAAAGAUUCACAGUGUGAGGACAGAGCAGCCUCCAAAGAACACUGUCCAUUUAUACUCACUAGGAAAAGGACACUUCCCUCUUCCAUUUCCCCAUCCUUUCCUUUACCCACAUUCAAAUAAUAUGAACAAAUUUUAAAAAAAUUUAGAUGUGUCUUUGUCAGAGGAGAGAGAUUGGGAAAUACAAAGGAGAGAAUCCUAAACAAACAAAAAAUUCCAAGAGAAAGAACCCUGUUUAUUUACAAAUCGGAAUGUCUUAUUUGACCCGCAGAGGUUUAUGUUAUUGUUGAUUUGGGGUCCUUGGGGUUUGUUGUUUUCUUUUAAGGAAAUAGGGGGAAGGAAAUAUAGUCAUUAUUGGGCUUGGAGUUUCACUUUGUUUGAUUUUGACUAGAAGUUAUUAUCUGAAUCAAAACCUUGCAAAUCAUGCUGACAAAUUAGGAGCAGUAAAGGAAAACUUUCAAAUCAUAGUUCAGUUUUACCCCAAAACUACAAAUAGUGUUAUAGUUGUUGAACAAUCUCAGUUGACCGUGGAAACCACAGGAGGAGAGGAAUCAAAACCUAAAGUUCCUGAAAAGUUAAAGAAAAAGAAAGGAGGGGGAAUUUAUAUACUAAAAACCAUAUUUCCCAUUCAAACUGUGCUGAGAAUUGCUAGUGGGAAAACUAUUAUGCCACACUGCCUUCUGUUUAAAAAAAAAAAAAAGAGAUCUCGUUGUCUUUUAUACUGUCAGCGCCUACUUUAUAAAAAUAAAGCUAUUGCGAACUCGGCUGGCCGCGCUGUUCCUAACAGGAUUAUUAGCAGUGAUUUGUCAGCCCCUGCGGUCUCAGUGGGCUCCCUUUCUGCGUGAUUUCUAACGGGUCUCGUCAAUUAUCGGUGCCGAAGUCGCUCGCUGUUUGAUCAGAAGAAGCAUAUGGUGUUGCUUGUGGGGCUGCGAGUAAUCGCGGGAGAAGAAUAGCGGGUCGGCGUUCAGGGCGGGCACCGGGAGAGGGAUAGGAGCGCCCGGGGAGUCGCCGGGCCAGGGGCGCCCGUCUUUGUCGUGCAGACCCGGGCAGGCGCGGCCGCAGGGUAUUGGGUUGGUUUCGGUUGUUUUGAUUUUGUUUUCUAAGAGAGCAAGCUUUCUUGUUUACUUGAGUGCGAACUCCACAAAUUAUAAAUCGCGUGAUAAAUAAGAGGAACAGAAAGUAAACUCUCUCAGCCAACUUCUCAUUUGUAAAGAGAGCACUGGCGAAGACUCCCCCUGGAGUCCCCUUGGUGGCUGGGCUGAUCCCCUGUGGCUACUUUAACCGCGACUGUGCUUUCUGCAGCCCCCGUUCACCUUCUUCCGGAGCCCCAGGCCCCUCCCUCUUCUCCCUUCCUCAGAGGCUAGUGUGAGUUUAUGGGGAGGAGGGGAUGGACGAUGUGUGAACUCUGGGCACAUCAUUUAUUUCUCCAGCUACUGUUGAGCUCAUAACUCACCGGCAGCCUCCACCCGGUGAGUUAGACGGGGUCAUCCGAACAGCUGGCUCCUAGAGAUGAGGUUUUAGUGAGGAUAGAUUAGCUUAAAAAAUCCAAAACCCAGACACAGCCCUUUAAAAUAUAAAACAAUAACAACACACACACACACACACACACACACACACACACACACACACAAAACCCAACAUCUUUCAAAGGAGUGAUAUAAUCACAAACAGCAAAACCAGGCACAACCUGCAGAGGGUGCCAAAUUUGGGUUCAGCUGUGGACUGAAGGAGGAGAGUAGACAAGAUUGGGUCCAUGGCAGUGGGGGGAAACUGAGCAUUUUAUGUAAAGGUUAUCUUUUUAGUGAUGAGAAAUGGAAAGAAUUUGUUUGCAGAUGUAGUCCAUUGUUACACCUAUCUAGAUGCCAUUCCAGCACAUAGUAGGUCUUAAAUUUUGUCCUAAGGAUGGAGUAAAGACAGCUCUUUCAUCAUGGUAAGCUUUCUGUCACAUGUAACAUGGAUUUUUGCAAUGUAUAUAAUCUAAAAUAAUUAUAAAUCUGGUGACAUCUUAGUUACAGGCACAACAAUGACUAUAAAACCCCACUGUUUCAGCUCAGAUUACAUUUCAUCUACAAUACCCUUUAAUAUCAAGAGGCUUAAUCAACAAAGAGAAAUCUUUCCAUACUUAUAUUUGAAAAAAUUUACAAAAUAUUCUUAAAAUAUAGCUAAUUCUCCAUCACUACAUAUAGUUUACCCCCUGGGUUCUGGUAGAUUCUUUGGGCAAACUUCAGUUUUUACUUAUCUGAGUAGAUAAAACUGAGCUGUUGAAAGAAAGAUGAAAGGAGGGGGUGGAAACAGAGGAAUGGAAUAUAGGUACCUGAAAUAAUUAAAAAUAAAGCAUUAGAUUGGAGACUUCAUACUAAAAAAAAAGAAAGGAAGAUUACUGUGAAAUCGUUAAAACUGUGUAUCUUCCAUUGGCAACAUAUCCUAUUCUAAAAUAGCCUUGCAAAGAAAAAACUUGAGGCAUCUAGAAAUGUGUAAGUCUUUGGUGUUACCAAAGCCAGAAAGGCAGGAUUAAAAAACAAAAAACAAAAAAAAGAUAGUGUGACUUCAUGUGCAAUAUUGGACAAACUCAACUACAAAGUAAUAUAUAUUUGCUAUCCAGAUAGAAUACAGUUUUGGCUAAGGGUGUAGUGGCUUGCUGAGUAACCUUUGAAAGGAUCAGACAUGUUUUCAAAUCUAUAACCAUUCAGAAUCUUGGUAACACCACACUGCCGUAUCAUUGUCAAGAUGUCUUGGGAAAAUAAAAAUAAUCACAGAAUUGAAAUUAGUAACUGUGCAGGAAAGAGUCUCUACAAAGGCUGGAAGGACAAGGAUGAUUAAACAAACCUCCACAGACCCUUUCUAUAAUAUUCACCUCAAGACUGAAAUCCUUAAUCGCCUUAUAUUUUUUCGAGGCCGGGAACUGAAAGAGAAAAAGAGGCCCCAUUUCCCACGUGGAUGGAUGAUUUAAGGCUGUUUUUCUUGCUGCUCGGGGAAAUGAUUGAGCAUUAGGUUUCCAUGUUUAUUUUCCUACAGAAGUUUUUCUCAUUUAAAAGCCUUUAAGCCCAGUUUACCCUCCACGCUGGUUUUCUCUGUUUAAUUCCAGUUUUGAUGUUGACUUAAAAUGUAGAGUGCAGAACUAAACUCUGCACAGAGCAUUUGCAAGGCAGAUUUAUGUGCUAGAAAUUGUAGAUCAGAUCAAUGAAAAAACACUUUUCUUUCUUUAAAGGGAACGAUCACUAAUAAAAACAAUACAGCAAAACAAUCCCGUAAGCUAUAGCGGGAUGCUUUUAAGCAGGCUAUAAUCACAUACUUUAAGUUAAAAUCGGGUUAAAUUUCCAGAGGACAAACGUAUUUUCUAGAAGAGUUAUUUUUCAAUCCUGGGGAAAUCCUGGCACCUUGGAGCUUUUGCUGACACAAAAGUGGACACAAUUCGAACCCAUGGAUGAUUGCCGCACCUCUCCAUAUCGGCACAGAUAUUUCUCAAGAGAAUGAGGUUUAGACCCAACUAACACCUGAUGCUUUUAGCUGUCCACCCAUUGCCAGUCUCGGAUUUAUGGAGUUUUAAAUUUUGCGUGGGGGAAGGGAACCCUCAAGGAUUUAGCAAUGGGCCUGCUAAUUAGAAAGUACUAAAACAGUGUUUGAGAAGUGCGGGACAAACUUUCUUCGGGUAGUCCCAUCCUGGAGGCGGGUCCUCCAGCGCGGAAUCGCUCCACCUCGGUGGUGCGCUGGGGAGCAGAGACCGAAACCUUACAGAAGACUCCACCGCGCUUCUGGUACGCACCAAAGCACGCAGCGGGGAGAAGCACGUUAUCAUGCUGCCCGCAGGCCAAGCCCGCGCGGUGCGGCUCAUUCUGUCCCAGCCGCGGGUGGCUUUAGCUGAGGGUGCGCCAGUUCGAGGUCUCCGCAUGGUCCAGACCAGGUCUCUGCUCUCCCAAGGUUCAAGGACGUCUCAGCGAGCCUACCCCAAGCAGAAGCUGGGCCGGUGCGGGCGUGUGCCCUCCGUCAUUAGUGCUACCUGGGCCACUGCUCCAAGGACCGGCCGUUUUUUAAACCUGAAGCCGAGAUCCUGCCCGAGCCCGCAGCCAAAUAGAACGCGGGCGGCAGAUCCCUGCGCAGCGGGGUUUUCGCGUCCGUCCACCUGCGCCUGCCUUUGGGCUCUGGCAUUGCCCCUCCCGGCCACUUUUGAAGACCUGGAUCCCUGGGGCGACACCGCUUGACGUUUUUCAGCGUCAUGCAAGGGGCACUGCUGUCAAACCCGCGUCCAGUUUCGUCCCACGGUUUAGUUGGGACCAGGCUGGAACACACCUGUCCCUCGUUACUGCUGUUCCUGUUCUUUUCGCUGCAGGCCAGACGCCGACAGCUUGGCUGGCCUGCUCGCUCCCGACCUGGAAGCCUAGCUCCAGCGCCAAAGCACAGCGAGGGUGCAGAGUCAGUGUUGUGACCAUCAUUCUCCACCCCAGAUUUAGUACUAACAUUAGUGGAUUUCCCGGGUGCGGCCAGGGGCACACAUGGGAGAGAAGAGCCCACACUGCCACUGUGGAGUGCAGACACACGGGAGUGCAGGGGUCUGGGCGGCUGCGCGGGACAAAGCUAGGUCCCGCGCAGCUAUCGACACCAUCACGAGGUCCGCCGCACCCGCUAGGUGGCUGGAGAGGGCCUUGAGCGGGGAGGGCCACAGCGCCCACAGUGGACGCGAGAAGCAGCCUCCUACUCAGGGACCGGUCCAGGCGCGCUGUCUAGUCUAAGGGCGACCAAUCUCCGUCCCUCUCUUCCUCAGAGCCUCUGAGGCCGCCAGGUCCCUAACACGAAGGCUGUUAGGUUGCUGGACAGGUGCGGUGGGGGGAGGUUUGGACAACAUGCCCUCAGCGAGGACCCACUGGCCUUGCAGAAAACCCAAGCGACUAAAUAAUCCCCUCUGGGACCCGAAGAGGGCUUUUGCCACCUCAGUCACCAAGUUGUGGUCAGAUCCCGGGACUGCUCGUCCAGCCCCACUCCCACCCACCCUCGUAUUGCCUAAAAGGUAUAUUGCAGUCUGUCAGUCGGACGAACCUUUCUGGGGACUACUACAAGGGGGACACAUUUCUAUUGAGAUAGAGUGUUUAUUUAUUAAGGGGGGGGGGGAAGAACAGUGGAACAAUCCCUUCUCUUCCUCCUCUUCCUGUCUGACUGAAAGAGGCGAUGAUGCCAGGUCUGUAAUCUAUAUUUUGUCAAGGGUAUGAAACUCAUUCCGAAGGAAAUGCUCGAUCAAUUUAUUUUUGCUGCUUGUAAUAACACAGCUGGAUGAUGCUUUGAGCUCAGGCUAGACUGGGGCUCAUCAUUCAUUCGCCAAGAACGGGCCUAAAUUGUGCCUGUGGGAUUAGGUCAAUUUUAGUGGAUCUACUUCGCCUCAUUUGGUUACUAAUUGGUUUCUUGUUUUAUAAAUCGAAAUCUCAUUUUCAGGAAAUUACAAAACCCGUGCAGUCAGUCCAUUGAGGUAAUCCUUGGGUCAGGGGGUAUUUAAAUGGAAAUGGCUCAACCGCGCACUGAGGGUAAGAGUGAAACUUCGCCCGGGGUUUUCACAUGAAAUGUGAGCUAGCCCUUUAGAUCCAUAAUAGAUACAUCCCUUCUAAUGCUACUUAUGUAAAUAUGAUAAACCAGACUUUAAGGGAAGGGGGGGCAGGGAGAAGCAAAAUUUAUCUGCUAAGGUUAAUGUGGCAUAUCUUGGAAAUCUUCCAAAAUAGAUUAUGUUUUCCUUUGUCUUCGGCCACUUUAGCUGGGGAAAAUCCUUUUGUCUAAAACCCGAUUUAGUUAUCGCCUCCCUCACAGAGCUCCUUUUCUCCUUUGCAAAACCCCGUUCCCUCGGCCUCACCGAAUUACAAGAGAAUCUUUAGAUCUUGUUCCCACUGUAAUCCUGCCGCAAAGGGAGCUGGUUUCCUCCUCAUUUUAAACAGACAAUCAAAGGAUUUGUGAAUUUUCUGCGGUAGGUCAAGUGCAGAAACGAAAUCUCAGCUUACCCCCCUCGCCAACUGAAAUUGGGCGCGGGAGCGCGUCACCGCAGGCCGGAGGUGACGGUUCCGGGGAGAGGGGUCUCUGGCCCACUCCAGGAUUUUCGGGAGGCGGAACCCUUGACCGGGGCUACAGAAGGUGUCCUGGACAGGCUGAAGGGCGAGCUCAGCCCUAGGAUUAGGUCAGGAAAGCCUGGCAGGUAGACGAAGGCAGCCAGUGCCUUAUAAAACAUUAACCCAGACAAAACCGUGUGACGGAGAUUUCAACCGAGAACGUAGAGAAGGCAAUGCUCCGUGAAAGCAAAAGGUUCCUUAAAAGGUGUGGGGGUGGGGGCAGGAGAGGGCGAGGGCGGCCCUUAGUAACCUGCGCCAGGCCGGCUGUUUAUUAACCUGCUGGGAAGUCUUAUUUUUCCCCGGUAGGCGCAUACUAAUGAGGCCGCAACCUGAGAAAACAAACAGCCGAGGCUGGCGCUGGGGGUUCGGAACCAAUACUUAACUCCGAGCCCAGCUCGGGGACUGUCAGAUGAUUCGGGUCGGAAGGCCGUUCCCGGGCUGUUUCCAGCCGAUUUGGGAGGACUUCAUAAUUUUAGAAUAAGGGCAUUUGUUGGCCCCAAGCGCAGGCUUCGCACCCUUCUGGAAGACAAGAUUCCAGACGCAAGGAGGCCUCGGCCAGCUCCCAGCGGGCGGGAGCGCCCCGGCCCUCCGCCCCCGCAAAGCUUGGCCCUUUCAGGCCUCGGCCGGGCCGGGUGUCCACGGGCCAGCGCCACCCGCGUCCCUAGCUCUCCCAGCAGGAUCCUAUCCCCCUUCCCCGGUUUGGCUCUCCCCAACCAAACCAAUCCCCCCACCCCCGCCACUUCUGGGUGGGUAUGUGUGAGCUGCAAUGAAAAAAUGACCGACCGCGCGGUGCCCGAAACCCGGAAGGAGGAUAGCUUGGCCGAGACCCGAGGAGCGAAGGGAAGGUGACAAGGCGAAGGGGGCUCGGCGAGGCGUGGGGCCACUCGAGUCGCACCAGCCCCCUGGACAACGUAGGCAGAGAACUGGGCUCCCAUCUGCUCCAGACCCUGGAUGGCUUCAUCUUUGUGGUGGCCCCAGAUGGGAAGAUCAUGUACAUCUCAGAGACAGCCUCAGUCCACCUGGGUCUUUCUCAGGUAGAGCUGACUGGGAACAGCAUUUAUGAAUACAUCCACCCAGCCGACCACGACGAGAUGACCGCGGUGCUUACAGCUCAUCAACCCUACCACUCUCACUUCGUCCAGGAAUACGAGAUCGAGCGCUCCUUCUUCCUCAGAAUGAAGUGCGUCUUGGCCAAGAGGAACGCGGGCCUCACCUGCGGUGGCUACAAGGUCAUUCACUGCAGCGGCUACCUGAAGAUCCGUCAAUACAGCUUGGACAUGUCCCCCUUCGAUGGCUGCUACCAGAACGUGGGCCUGGUGGCUGUGGGCCACUCGCUGCCUCCCAGUGCCGUCACAGAGAUCAAGCUGCACAGCAACAUGUUCAUGUUCCGCGCCAGCCUGGACAUGAAGCUCAUCUUCCUGGACUCCAGAGUGGCGGAGCUGACGGGGUACGAACCUCAGGACCUAAUUGAGAAGACGUUGUACCACCACGUGCACGGCUGUGACACCUUCCACCUGCGCUGCGCCCACCACCUGCUGCUGGUGAAGGGGCAGGUGACCACCAAGUACUACAGGUUCCUGGCAAAGCACGGUGGCUGGGUAUGGGUGCAGAGCUAUGCGACCAUCGUCCACAACAGCCGCUCGUCCAGGCCACACUGUAUCGUCAGCGUCAACUAUGUCCUCACGGACACGGAAUACAAAGGUCUGCAGCUCUCCCUGGAUCAGAUCUCAGCCUCUAAACCAGCCUUCUCCUACACCAGCAGCUCCACCCCUACCGUGACUGACAACAGGAAGGGGGUCAAGUCCAGGCUCUCCGGCUCAAAGUCAAAAUCCAGGACUUCCCCAUAUCCUCAGUAUUCGGGAUUUCACACGGAAAGAUCUGAAUCUGAUCACGACAGCCAGUGGGGUGGAAGUCCCCUGACAGACACAGCCUCUCCGCAGCUCCUGGACCCCGCGGAGAGGCCAGGAUCUCAGCAUGACGCGUCGUGCGCCUACAGACAAUUCUCUGACCGCAGCUCUCUCUGCUAUGGCUUUGCGCUGGACCAUUCCAGGCUGGUGGAGGAGAGGCAUUUCCACACCCAGGCCUGCGAGGGAGGCCGGUGUGAGGCAGGCAGGUACUUCCUGGGAACGCCGCAGGCCGGGAGGGAGCCCUGGUGGGGCUCUCGUGCAGCCUUGCCCCUGACCAAGUCCUCCCCAGAAAGCAGAGAAGCCUAUGAAAACAGCAUGCCUCACAUCGCUUCAGUGCACAGGAUCCACGGGCGAGGUCACUGGGAUGAAGAUAGCGUGGUGAGUUCUCCAGACCCUGGAUCUGCCAGCGAAUCAGGUGACCGAUACCGCACUGAGCAGUAUCAAAGUAGCCCACAUGAACCUAGCAAAAUUGAAACUCUGAUAAGAGCCACCCAGCAAAUGAUUAAAGAAGAAGAGAACAGAUUGCAGCUAAGGAAAGCCCCCCCAGACCAACUGGCCUCCAUUAAUGGAGCUGGGAAAAAACACUCCCUCUGUUUUGCAAACUAUCAACAGCCCCCACCAACAGGGGAAGUCUGCCACGGCUCUGCUCUUGCCAACACUUCACCAUGUGACCACAUCCAGCAGAGAGAGGGAAAGAUGCUGAGCCCCCACGAAAAUGACUAUGACAACAGUCCCACUACACUGUCUCGAAUAAGUAGUCCCAAUUCGGAUCGCAUUUCAAAAUCCAGUUUGAUCCUAGCUAAAGACUAUCUACAUUCGGAAAUGUCUCCACAUCAGACCGCGGGAGACCAUCCCGCCGUCUCUCCAAACUGCUUUGGUUCUCACCGGCAGUAUUUCGAUAAGCAUGCUUACACAUUAACUGGAUAUGCCCUGGAGCACUUAUAUGACACUGAAACCAUUAGAAACUAUUCCUUGGGCUGUAAUGGCUCACACUUUGAUGUAACUUCCCAUCUAAGGAUGCAGCCAGACCCAGCACAAGGACACAAGGGAACAUCUGUUAUAAUAACCAAUGGAAGCUGAUGUUUUUCUAAAAUAUUUUGUUCUUUAAGGAUCUCUGAAACAUAUUUAUAGUUUAAUACCCCAUUACUAGCAUUUACUAUGCCACAGAUGGUUAGAGAGGAUAAUUUAAGUUACUGGGUAUUUGACAUGUGUUCCUGUGAAAUCAAAGAAAAGAGCACUUGCGUUCAGGGUUACACACAGAUAAUGGAGCUAAAGUGAAUACAUAAAUUGCCCCUCUAAUUAUAUGGGAGCCAGAAUACAUAAAUUUUGAAUUGAAAAGUACUCUUGUAGAUUAAGUGAGCAUAUACACCACAUGAAAGACUGGUGGAGGACAGCAUUGCAUAGUGAGGAUCCAGUAAACCUCAUACACACAGACCAACCACGAUCCACAGACUGCUGUGCACACUUUGCAUGCAGAAAUAUAGACUAUACACCUUAAAUACAACCCAAACGGGUAAGUUUUCUUAACCUUAGCACAUUAAGUGUAUUCAAGAAAUUUUCCUUCCUAAAAUAACUGAGAAAGAGAGAGAUACAUCUUGUAAACCGGUUUCUUAAUUGUGGUUUUGACCAGCCAGCUCAUUUGGUUCAGGCAUAAAUUAGGGAAAUGGUUCUGGAUAUGGUACAAGAAUGAGUUUCCACCUGGUAUCCAUUAUAAGCAAUCAGGAAGUGGUGAUUUUUCACCUUACUUUUGAGUUAGACAAGGAGCAGGAUCACACUGACAUAGCAGUGAGGGUUUUCUAAGUAAAAGCACCGAGAUGUUGGGACACACUUCAAAAACCUAGUGUGCCUAACUGGAAAUAGUUUACUAAAGAUGGAAAGGCCAGAGGCAUAAGAAAUGAAAUGAUAUCUCAACACAACAAUUUAAGGCUCAGAAUAUGUAAUCAACAUAUUUGAGGCUUAUGAAACCAACCGAAUAAAAUCCUCAAACCAAUUCACCAAGAAAAGAAAGGUCCAUCACUACAGAAAAUAAGUAAGGGAAGCCAGUGAAGUGCUACAUAGUAGCGGUGUAAGUGUUUGAAAAACAUUUCAAAGCACAGAUGUGCAAAUGUGACAACAUGUGGAGAGCCUCAGGAAAGAGCCUCAGAUAAAAGCAUGGGCUGAUAGACAAGUGGUUAAAAGUGCACGAGUAUACUUCGAUUGAAAGAACAUGCAAAGCGCUCAUUUUCCUUAUUGUUUGUAAAUGGCAAAAACAACAAGCUUGGUGUUAAGUUCGUGUGAUACGGUAGAAAGACCAGCAGACUGGAAUGCAAGCUCUCUGGGUUCCAGUUCUGACACUGCUUGUAACCCAUUUGGGGAAUAUUGAUGCCUGGGCCCUACUUUCUUUGUCUGUAUGGCUAUUCUGAUGUUUCAUGGUUUUGUGGAUCGUUGGUGCAGCAGAAGUAUACUUGUUAACCAGUUAACUCUGUGCUGUCAGUUGUCAAGACUGAUCACUCUGGCUUUUCUGCCCUCGUACAGAGGUCUAGGUGCUUUGUAACUUCAGCAGGUACAGGGGCUCUUUUAAGCAUGUAUAGCUGUGAUCAACUUUCUGGUUCAGCCAAAAUGUAGAUGGUAGAAACUGAUGAGGGAGCAGAAAAAAAGUAAGAUUUAUUUAAUGCGCUGUUCUCUAGCAAUCAAAGCAAAGUGACACAAGUGAUUAGAGAAAUUUCAUAGGUAGUAUUUCCUGGGCGUCCCAUGUCUCAAACUCUUGCCAUAUGCAAGGAGGGGAAUGUAUUGGAAGAAACUGACUUAUAAUUUUGAAGGCAGAACAUGACAUUGACCACUCAGGGAUUAGUACUCUAUGUUCAUCAUUUAACACAGUUAUUUGACAGUUUAUGGGUAGGUGACAAUCUGAAUGAUGAUAAUUGGAGAGAAGAAGACCGGGAUGUUUGUAUAGAAGAAAAGAGGCUACAUGAAAUUGAGUAAGUAUUUCUUGGGUAUGACAUAGCAACAUUUGUCUUCUAAAUGGAAAAAGUUUCUCACAAGUGAGAAAGUUAGUGAUUAUCAUAUAUACUGUCAAAAAAACUUCAAAGAACAAUAGAAAUGACAUUUUGGGCCAUAGAAGCGAAAGUGUUCAGUGAUUUUGAGACAAAUAUUUAUGAAAAAACCCUGGAAUACAUAAAAUACAUUUUUGUUCAAUUUGAAGCAUGAAGUAGGAAUGCUAACAUGUUUGGAGAAUUCUGUAGAUGGGUAAAUGGUUCAAAGACACAGGUAUCUGAAGAAUAUGGUGUAUUUUGGAAAGGAAAUCUAUACAGAUGGGUUUUAUUGAUGGAUAUACAUUCUACCAAAAAUGUCAGAGACAGAUGCUAUAAAAUAAAUAGAACCUUAAGAAUCAAGGGAAAUGAACUGAUGUGAAAGAAAAGAAUGUCAUUAAAGAGAUUUCACUUAAAUUUUAAAAUGAUAUAGUUAAGUGAUGAAAAAUAAAUUAUGAACUUUACAAAUGGGGGUAAUCAGAAGGAAUAAUGCUCUUUAAAAUGAUAUGACCCAUAUUUUUAAGUGAAGACAAAAUUAACUACAUUAGAUCUUAAUUAAAAAUGUUGGCCCAGUUUUAAAUACAAAGCAUUUAUUUAGUUUACAGGUCAAUAACUUUAUAGUAGCAGAUUUAUUACAUUACAUAUAAUGCCUUAUAGGCCCAUAAUAUUAUAUAGCUUACCUUUUUUGCAAUGUGGCAUAAUUAUUACAAAAUGACCUCAAAAUAAGAUGAGACAGUUUAUGACAAAGUACCUUUUUAAUAUACACAAAAAUGUGUUCAAAUUUAUUUAUAAUCUGCAUUAUCUUGUCCUGUCCAAUAACAUAUUUCCUCAUAAUGAAGAUGGCAUCUGUGUCUUCUUAAGAUAUGGGAUGUAAAAUGCGUAUGUUCCCAAUAACUUAAAGUUAAAUUGGCUUUAGUUUUAAUCCUUGAUUUCCAUAACUUUGCUAAAUGUUGAGAAUCAUGAUACUAGAUUGAAAUAGAGAAGUCUGAUUUUUAUACCACCUUUGGAAUUCAUAAAAAUGUGCUAUAUCCAAUUAUUAGUAUCAUAUGUAGCAAUUCCAUUAGAGGAUACAAAGUUCAUGCUUUCUAGGAGUAGUAAGAAUAUCUUUAUUGCCCAUUUUACGUACCUGUCAUACCCAAUUUAAAAAUGUGGAUGACCAAAUAAAUAAAUAAAUAUUUUCCCAAUGUUUCUUGAGAAAAUUCCAUUAAAACCUUUGAGAAUAUACAGAUGUGAUGUAUUAUUUUUAGAUGCAUGAUAUUAAUGUUAUAAUCACUACAGGUUGGACAAUUCAGUGUACUUCAGUUUCACAAGUCUUGUGACAUACUGUGCUGAAUAUAAUGGGCUAGCUUUUCUAAGCUGUAAUUGUUUGAUCCAGGAUAAUAUGACACAGUGCUGAUGUGACAUUCAAAAUGAGACAGGAUGCAAUAAAUGAUUUGCUUGCCUUCAGUGUUUAUACAGAAAACCCACUUAUUCUCUCUUGAUUAUAUUUUAUAGGGCUAGAAUACUUCCAUCGGGUACUAUUCUUAAUUCUCUCUACACCCUGCUGCCACAUGCUGCCUUUGGGCAGAGAAUCCCACUUAAAAUGAGCUUUAAUGGGAUCGUCCAGAAAAGGAUAAUAUGCUCCAUUUUCUUUUAUUUUUUAAAUGAGGGAUAAGGAUCUAUUCAAUAAAAGGUCAUUUGGAAAAUAUGCAUAGCUAUUUUAAAAUAAAAUGAAAGGCUUUUUACCCCCCAAGACCUAGACCAAAUAAGUUUGAUAGAAGACACUACAGCUGAAGAGACAUUCUGAAUACAGAUAUGUUAUUUUAUAGCUCUCUCUCUUUCAAGAGUAGGACAUUACUAAGAUAGUGCAAUUCUGUUAGUACUAGUAGUAUUUGGAAGUGACAGAGUGAAUGCUGAUAUUUGGAAAAUUGAGGAUUUGGCUAUUUGGGGGGGGGGGUCACUUAGUUUUCCCAGUGGAAUAGCUUACACUUUAAUAUACUUUCUUUGAUUUAAAAAGUUUGAAUGUCCAGAUUUGGUUCCCCAGUUCAACUCAAACCGUAGAACAUAGAUAUACAUUCUAUUGUGAAUAGGAAUU